UGUUGCUCAAGGUAACUACCGCAAAGGAACAUUAAUGGCGGUCACUGUUGCUUGUUUUCAAACGGUUUUGUAGCUUCUAAAUUUUUCACGAUGAUGUUACAACAGACAGAAUCUAAAAGUUUACAAGAUGCAUUUGUAAAAUUCAGAGAGAAACGAAUGAAACAAAUCAAAUCCACGAAACAAAUGCUGAGAAAGCCCUUGGAAGAACGAGCGAACUCAGAGAGAUUUAAUGCUCUGAGGAGUAGAUUUUUGAACCAAGCUUUGAAGUAUCUUGGUGUUCCUUAUGCAAAAAAGUAUCAUGAGAAAGGCUCACCAGACUACAAUGCACCACUAUUUCUAGACUGCUGUGCAUUGGUACGCAGGGUUCUGUGUGAUUUAAAAAAUGAAUUUGGUUUUCGAGUUGGAAAGUGGAACCAAGCUUACCAGUUUGACACUCUUCCAAUCACAAUUGAGAAGGAAGAAGAUUUGAAACCUGGUGAUUUAGUGUUUAUCUCAGGAGUCUAUUUCAACCCUGAACGUAAACGACAGAAACACAAUAUGGUUCAUGUGGAAAUUUGGCUCGGGGAUGGAGAGAAGACCAUUGGGGCUAGAUAUCAUAGGGGGAGGGUCCAGAUUCAUGACUCAUACAAAUUUGUUUCAAAGAGUUAUCACAGCAUGGUUUACCACUUUAAGUCUAUUGAUACUUGGUUGAACGGAAUAUGUCGUAGUUUCUGUUCUGAACAUCCUUGGACGCGAUCAAAAUACUUAAAUCAUGGCAAGAAGUCGAUUUUCAACGCUCAGUUUGAGAAAGACAGUGACAGUGAAUCUGCAAGUGGCACUGAUGACGAAGACCAAGAAACUGGACACAAGAAAACUGAAGACACAAACACGAAGUCUGACGAGCAAGAGUUGCAAUUUUUAUUUAUCGAAAAGAUUAGCACCUCUCCUGACAAAUCUGCUGGAUUCUUUGAUACAAAUUCAGAACAACACAUACAGCCAGAUUGUCUAGAUAAUCCAAAUCACUCCUAUGAUUAUGUUGACUUGGAUGAAAGCUGCUACUGUGUACAAGAGUGCAUGUGUAAUUGCAACACCUGCUCUGCUAUAAAUAAAGAGUACGAAAACAACCUUGGUACCACGGCAAAGGAACUAACUGGCAUGGACAAGCACCGUUCUCUUGCACCGGGUAAUGCCACUAAGAAACAAGCUGAUAAAUCAAAGGCUUCGUCAAAAAUGCAAAAUGGCGCUCACCAACCAACGAAUAAUACAUCUUCAAGAAGAUCCCGUAGCAAGUCGCCAUCAAAGGCACCAUUGAAGCAACCAACGGUUUUAACGUCUUCAACCUCCAGGGGUCGAAAAAAGCCAACGCCAAAGUUUUACAUAGGAGGAAAGAAUGGUGUCGCGUUAGUGGAGAAACCACUGUUGGAUAAAGGCUGGCAGCGAAUAGACGACAAUAAAGAUUUAUCCUACUACCUAAAAUGGGUUGAAUGCAAGUCGAAUAUUGAUUACAAGAGUUUUCGACCUGGUGAGCAGCUCGUCAAUCACAUACCCAAUGGUAGUUGUUUGACCACCAAAACAGGGAUGCUUAAAUCCCUUCACGAAUAUGAAAAGCUAGCUAACCGCAAAACAGGAGGUGCAUCGAGCGAUUUAGAUCUACGUGAGUUUUAUCCAGAGACUUACAGAAUCGAGAAUAGGUUUGACUACGAAAAAUUUACCAGCGUCUUCAAAGAUGGAGAAACUUGGAUUUGUAAACCCAGUGGGAUGAACCAGGGCAAAGGGAUUUUUCUUGUUCGAAACCCGAAGGAGCUUCGUGACGUAAUCGAAGACAAAGACUCAGAAAAGCGACGCUCUCAACGAUCAACCCGAAUAAUUUCGAGAUACAUAGCGAACCCUCUAUUGGUGAACAACUGCAAGUUUGACAUUCGUGCCUAUAUGCUAAUCACAUCGACAACGCCUUACUUGGUGUUGUAUCAUAAUGGAUAUAUAAGAGUUGCUUGCGAAGCGUAUUCCAGCCAGUCAACAGACCUUACGUCCCAUCUUACUAAUCAGUUUGUACAGAAAAAGCAUCCGGGUUAUCAGGAGAAAAGAGACGAUUCUGUUUGGUCGUUUGAAAAGCUAAAUAGUUAUAUCGAAGAGCAUUACAAGGAAUCCAAAGGCCUGGUGGAUGACUGGGUUCUCACUACAAUGACUGAUCGAAUUAAAGAGAUCAUGCUUAUCUGUUUCAAAGCUGUCGAGAACAAACUAGAAAGGAAAUGUGGAUACUUUGAUCUUCUUGGCUUCGAUUUCAUGGUCGAUGAUAACAUGAACAUUUGGCUGCUAGAAUGCAACGUGAACCCUGCUUUAUUCACUAACUGCGAACCCUUGAGGCAGAUUAUACCAGACAUUGUGGAGGAGACGCUGCUGAUCUGUAUCGAAGCGUUCGAAAAUAAGUGCAACAAGAAGAAGUUGAACCCUUUAGAGUCGCUAAAAACAUUCGAAGUUCUCUUUGAUGAAGAAAGGAAGAUUUGUUUCCAGAAAGCUGAAUAAUCGGCUAAACUAUAUGAUCCUCUUUGGGGACUUUUAGAGGAGCUGUACAUAGUCCUGUGGGUAGAAGUUUCAGGCUUUGUAAGUAUCACUAUACAAGACAAUUUGUACAUCAUUGGGAACUGUAUUGUGUAGUGACUGUUGUAGGGGUAGUGGGGAGUUUUAAGACAGAUUUCUAAGCUAUACUUUGCUAGUACUCUUAAAAGCUGGACUUUUUGCUAGCAGCCAGUAUAAAGUUUUGAACACACAGUUUUUAAAAAUUUUCCAACGAACAAAAGACAAAAGUAGACACAAACAUGAAGUACCGACAUGUAUCUUCAGUUCAAGGGGUUAACUUGCAAACUACACUCAGCAAAAUGUUGGUUAAGGAGUAAUUUUCCUCAAAACUUUGUACUAAACUGAAAAAGAUCUCUUUUCCAAAAGCAUAACGCAUCUCUCAGCGCAAACAUUACUUGUAUUCGCAUCUCUCAGCGCAAACAUUACUUGUUCAAAUAAUUCAAUCUCCUGCCUGGGGUCUAAUUAGGUUUUGGAAUCUGAAACCUUGCUUAGGUAGCUUAGAUCAAAUUAUAUUUAGAAAUCGCAGAAUUAUUUCCACUGCUAGACAUCAAUGUAGAGCAAAAGCCUUAAAGCUCAUUCUUAAUGGGAUACAUAUAUUGAAAGCAAAAAAUAACGUAAUGUAUUGUAUCUUGAGAAUCAACUGUCAAAUGGUUGCCAAACUGGUUAGAGACGUGACAAGAAAAGUGAAAAACUAGGUCAAUCUCUGAACGAUACAAUCGCUCAUAUAUAUGUAUUUAAGGGAAACGAAAUAUGUAGAUAUAACAUCAAAGUAAACAACUUGGUUUUUUUUCAGAUGGAUUCUUUCAGAUUUGGGAUUUUACCACUUUAGGUCUUGGAAUAUUACUAAUCUUCGGGUAGUUUUGAAUU